AUGAUAAAAAACAAACCUCCAAACAACCCUGCCCAACUCAUCGCCAUGGCCAUCCAGAGCGCUCCCGAGCGCAAGCUGACGCUCAGCCACAUCUACCAGUACGUGGCCGAGAACUUCCCCUUCUACAAGCGCAGCAAGGCCGGCUGGCAGAACUCCAUCCGCCACAACCUCAGCCUCAACGACUGCUUCCGCAAGGUGCCGCGCGACGAGGACGAUCCCGGAAAGGGAAAUUACUGGACCUUAGACCCAAACUGUGAGAAAAUGUUUGACAAUGGGAAUUUCCGCCGCAAGCGCAAGAGACGCUCCGAUCCCAGUGUCUCCGGAGUGGCAUCCAGCAUUUCCACCUUGGGGACUCUGAAGACUCAGGAAGGCCCCCCCGUUGCUUUAGACCCUGUGAAACCCUGCAGUGACAGUCCUUCCUCAGCCCUGGAGCCGACGGCCUCCCUGAGGGACACCGCAAAGAGUAGCUCUCCGCCUGGGAUUGCCUCAUCGACCCCAAGCUGCCUCAGUGCCUUCUUCAGUGGCAUGAACUCACUGAGCAGUGGCACUCGCCUUGCCGAACGGCAGCCUCGAAGCCACCCCACGGGCCCGCUUAGGGGCAGCAGUUUCAGCCAGGAAGCUCCUUCGGCUGAGCAGCUGCAUCGAGCCUCGGGGCCAGCUGGCACCUACUAUAGCCCUUUUCAUCCUAGCAGCGGAGGCCAGUCAGGACAGUACAACCAUUUGUACAACUUCACGGUCAAUAGCCUCAUCUACACCCGGGAAGGCACUGAAGUAUAA